CACGUGACAGCCAGGAGGCCGGAACUGGGCGGCUUGCGUGAAUUGCAGGAGUUUGACAGAAACAGACGGCGACGUCGCGGAGGUAGAGUGUAUGGCCGAGGCGGUGAAGCCCCGCCGGGCCAAGGCCAAGGCCAGCCGGACCAAAGGCAAGGAAAAGAAGAAAUAUGAAACCCUUCAGACUUCUGAUGAAGUUUCCCUUCCAGAGCAGAAAAUCCCAUCUCUAGCUUGUGAACUCAAAGGAGAUGAUCUGAAGGUGUCGGCUGAUUCACAGCUCCACAGUGAUGAUGUCAGUGGAUAUAACGAAAGUGAAAUGUUUGAUAUACCACUCACCUCCCUGACUGUAGGUGAUGGAGGACCCCUGAUAUGCGACACAGAGGACCUAAAAGAUAAAAGAGAAAUUGGAGCCCAUGAUGGAGAUGAUGAAAUUAAGUUGAAAGUCGAUCCUAGAGACAAUGUUAAAACUAAAGGUGAUCCUGCCAAGGACUUUACAGAAGCAGAGGAGUGCACACCAAGAUCAUGUGGGGCUUCAGGAAGCACACUGCACUUUGAUGCUCCCUGUCCUCUGCAGGAGAUGGAAAGUUCACACAUGAGAGAAGCUCAGACUAGGAAAGAAGAUAAAGAAGCCCUUGGCUGUUCAGAGGUGCUUCAAAAUGCCAGCUUGCACAGUUCUUAUGAAGCCAAAGAAGUUUCUCAGCCACUCAGGGUGAAGAGACUGUAUCCCGAGCUGCCAGCUGAGAUUGCUGAAGUACCAGCCUUGGUGUCAGUGAAGCCCUUGCUCUGCAGUGAGCGACUCUACCCAGAACUCCCAUCUCAACCAGAACUAGUACCCUUUACUAAAGAACAGCUAAGACUCUUGGAGCCUGGCUCAUGGCUGGAAAAUGUUGAGUCAUAUGUAGAAGAAUUUGACAGCAUUGCUCAUCAGGACAGGCAUGAGUUCUAUGAGUUGCUCCUGAAUUACUCACGAUGCAGGAAGCAAUUGUUAUUGGCUGAAGCUGAGCUGCUUACUCUGAUAUCUGAUUGCCAGAAUGCCAAAAGUAGACUGUGGAACUUUAAGGAUGAACAAAUGGCUGUGCAGGGCAUCUGUGCAGAUCAAGUGAAAGUGUAUGGUCAUCACCACUACCAGAGAGUAGAGAUGAAUGAAAAUGUUCUGGGAGAACUGAAGAAGCUAUUUGAUGCCAAAUCUGAGCACCUCCACCAGACCCUGACCCUCCAUUCUUAUACUUCUGUGCUCUCGAGGUUGCAAGUGGAGUCGUACAUCUACACGCUGCUCAAUAGCUCAGCUGGCCUGAGGUCUUUGGCAGUUAAUCAGGCAGACCAAGUUUCUAAGCUGACAGAAAGCAUGCCCACUGAUGUGUGUCAGCUAAAGGAGUGCAUCAGCGUGUUGUUCAUGUUCACCCGGAGAGUGAAUGAGGACGCCCAGUUCCAUGACGACAUCCUUCUCUGGCUGCAGAAACUGGUGUCAGUGUUACAAAGAGUUGGCUGUCCUGGAGAUCACUUCUUCCUCCUGAACCACAUUCUUCGGUGCCCAGCAGGCGUUAGUAAGUGGGCUGUUCCUUUUAUACAGAUCAAAGUGUUGAAUAACCCUUCAGGGGUCUUUCAUUUUAUGCAGUCCCUUGCCCUGCUGAUGUCUCCUGUCAAAAAUCGAGCUGAGUUCAUGUGCCACAUGAAGCCCAGUGAGUGGAAGCCAUCAUCUUCAGGGCCAGCCUCAGGGACGUGGACGCUUGUAGAUGAGGGAGGAGAAGAGGAUGAAGACCCUGAGACCAGUUGGAUUCUCCUUAAUGAAGAUGACUUGGUUACCCUUUUGGCUCAGUUUCCUUUCCAUGAGCUCUUUCAACAUCUUCUCGGGUUUAAAGCAAAAGGUGAUUAUUUACCUGAAACAACAAGGCCCCAAGAGAUGAUGAAAAUUUUUGCCUUUGCCAACUCAUUAGUAGAACUUCUGGCUGUGGGAUUAGAAACCUUUAACAGAGCCCGCUAUAGGCAGUUUGUGAAGCGUAUUGGCUACCUGAUCAGGAUGACCCUUGGCUAUGUCAGUGACCACUGGGCACAGUAUGUGAGUCACAGCACAGGCACGGGGUUGACACUACAGCCCUACUCCAUGGAGAAACUGCAGAUUGAAUUUGACGAGCUGUUUCUCAGAGCUGUCCUACACGUCCUGAAAGCCAAAAGACUUGGCAUUUGGCUAUUUAUGUCUGAGAUGCCUUUUGGCACGCUGUCGGUCCAGAUGCUCUGGAAGCUCUUCUACCUCAUGCACCAGGUGGAGAAUGGAAACCUGCAGCAACUCUGUGUUUCCCUGCAGCCGGCCGAGUGCAAGAGGCAACUCCAAGACCCAGAGCAUUUUGCGAGCUUUGAGAAGUGUCUUUCUUCUAUGAACAGCUCAGAGGAGAUCUGUCUUCUGACGACCUUUGCUCAGAUGGCUCGGGCCAGAAGAACCAACGUAGAUGAAGACUUCAUAAAAAUCAUCGUUUUGGAGAUCUAUGAGGUAUCUUAUGUUACCCUGUCCACCAGAGAGACUUUUUCAAAGGUUGGUCGAGAGCUUUUGGGGGCCAUCACAGCUGUUCACCCUGAGAUUAUUUCUGUCCUUCUGGAUAGAGUGCAAGAAACCAUUGACCAAGUUGGAAUGGUUUCUUUAUAUUUGUUUAAAGAAUUGCCAUUGUAUCUUUGGCAACCUUCUGCCUGUGAGAUAGCUGUGAUUCGGGAUUGGCUAUUGAAUUACAGUCUGACAGCAGUGAAGAACAAGUUGGCCUGUGUGAUCCUAGAAGGACUGAAUUGGGGAUUUACUGAACAGGGUACCCUUCAUUUGGACCAGGCAUUUCACACUGAAGUGGCAUUGCUAGUUCUUGAGGCUUAUCAGAAGUAUCUAGCACAGAAGCCUUAUGCGGGGCUGAUUUCUGAAAGUAUGAAACAGGUUUCAUAUCUGGCCAGUAUUGUUCGAUAUGGAGAGACUCCUGAGACCUCAUUUAAUCAAUGGGCCUGGAAUUUGAUCUUGAGGUUAAAAUUACACAAAAAUGAUUUUGGAAAACAGCAGAACUGUCCAGUUGUUCCCUUCUCCAGCACGGUACCUGACAUGACAGAAUCACCCAUGUUUCACCCUCUCUUGAAGGCUGUGAAGUCAGGCAUGCCCAUUGGCUGUUAUCUUGCCUUAGCUAUGACAGCUGUUGGCCACAGCAUUGAAAAGUUCUGUGCAGAAGGCCUCCCGCUGUUGGGAAUUCUGGUUCAAUCAAGGCAUUUGAGAGCAGUGGUUCAUGUCUUAGAUAAGGUUCUACCUGUGUUCUACCCUUGCCAGUAUUACCUUCUGAAGAAUGAGCAGUUUUUGUCCAGCCUGCUCCUCUUCCUCCACUUGGACAGCGGUGUUCCUCAGGGGGUCACCCAGCAGGUCACCCACAAGGUGGCACAGCAUCUGACAGGAACCAGCCAUGGGGACAAUGUGAAGCUUCUCAACAGCAUGAUCCAGGCACACAUAUGCUUAAGCACUCAGCCUAAUGAAGUAGGUCCCGUGGCUGUGCUGGAAUUCUGGGUCCAGGCUCUCAUAAGCCAGCACCUGUGGUUCCGAGAGCAGCCCAUCCUCUUCCUCAUGGACCACUUGUGUAAAGCAGCUUUUCAUCUGAUGCAGGAGGAUUGUGUGCAGAAAUUGCUCUACCAACAGCAUAAGAAUGCUUUGGGUUACCACUGUGACCGGAGUCUGCUCUCCUCUUUGGUGAGCUGGAUUGUGGCCGGCAAUAUCACUCCUUCCUUCGUGGAGGGCUUGUCCAUGUCCACACAGGUUUGGUUUGCAUGGACUGUGUUGAACAUGGAAUCCAUCUUUGAAGAGGACUCUCAGCUCCGAAGGGUUGUUGAAGGCGAAUUGGUUAUAAAUGCCUUUACCCCUGACCAAGCUCUAAAGAAAGCCCAGAUCCAGCUGAAGCUGCCCAUCGUCCCGUCCCUGCAGAGACUGCUGAUUUAUCGUUGGGCCCACCAGGCUCUGGCCACGCCUUCUGAUCACCCUCUUCUGCCACUCAUUUGGCAGAAGUUUUUCCUCUUGUAUCUUCAUCGCCCAGGACCACAAUAUGGGUUACCUGUGGAUGGUUGUAUUGGAAGAAGGUUUUUUCGAAGUCCCUCGCAUACCAAUCUGUUGAAGGACAUGAAGCGACGCCUGGGUGAGGUGGCCGACUUUCACUAUGCUGCAAGCAAGGCCCUCCGUGCUCCAGCAGAGGGCAGUGAAGGGGCGCCAGAGCAGCGUGCUGGCGGCACCGCUGGUUACCUGACUUCGCCAGAGCUGCACAGAGAACUAGUGAGGCUCUUCAAUGUAUAUAUGUUAUGGCUGGAAGAUGAAAAUUUUCAAAAAGGAGAUACCUAUAUUCCUUCUUUACCAAAGCAUUAUGAUAUUCACAGGCUAGCAAAAGUGAUGCAGAAUCAGCAGGACCUGUGGAUGGAGUACUUGAAUAUGGAGCGCAUACAGCAUGAGUUCCAGGAGACAGUUGGUUUGUGGACACAGGCUAAGCUUGAGUCCCAUUCCGUGGCCUGCAGCUCUUCAGCACAGCUGGAUUUCACUGACCCUUUGCUGGCUAAAGAAAGGGUCCUAAGCAACUUACGGAAGCACGAGGCUCCACAGCCUCCUCUUGUUCUGCACCCUAUGAGGCCUCCUGUGCCACCCAUUUCCCCAGCUGUGCUGUUGAGUCAGAAGGACGCCACCCAGCUGAUGUGUGCAGACCUGAAUCUGCUGCAGCAGCAGGCCAGAACUGCGGCUCUCCGGGAGUCGCAGCAGGUUGCCUUGGAUGGUGAGCUGUUGGAGACAAUGCCCAAACAGUACAUCAACCGUGAAGAACAGACCACCCUGCAUCUGGAGUGCAGAGGCAGUGGUGGAAAGAAGUGCCAAGGAGCAGCAGUUGUAACGGUUCAGUUUGAAGGCAUGUACAAGAAUGAAGCGGUAAGCCAGCAGGUCCAUGUUCUGCAAAAAGAAGUGAAGCAGUUCCAAGCCGAAGCUGCUCAGCCCCCGGCACUAAACGUUGUGGAGGCUGCGGUGCAUGCAGAAAACCUGAUCACGGCCUUAGUGAAUGCCUAUAAGUUGCAACCCACACCUGGUGUUCAGAAGAUUGGCAUUAGCCUUUUCUUUACUGUUGUGGACUAUGUGAGUGAUGAGACCCAGCGCCAUCCUCCCACAAGGCAAUUCUUCACUUCAUGCGUCGAGAUCUUGGGACAGGUGUUCAUCAGUGACACUAAAUCAGAGUGCAGAAAGGUGCUACAGACCAUCCUGAAGAACAGGCGGCUCUGCUCUCUACUUUCGCCUUUCUUCACACCCAAUGCUGCGCCAGCCGAGUUCAUCCUGCUAUAUGAGAAAGUGGUGAAGUUUCUGAGUGAGGACAACAGCGAUAUGAUUUUCAUGCUGCUUACCAAGUUCGAUGUUAAGCAAUGGUUAGCUGCCACUAAACCCCCUCUGUCUGAUCGCACCAGGCUUCUGGAGUCCAUUCACCUGGCACUUACCGCCUGGGGCCUUGAGCCAGAUGAGGACAUUCUGAUGCCCUUUAACCUUUUCUGUAAACACUGGACAUACCUCCUACUUUAUCAGUUUCCUGACCAGUACAGUGAUGUCCUCCGGCUGCUGGUGCAAAGCUCUGCCGAACAGCUGCUGAGUCCUGAAUGCUGGAAAGCCACUUUGAGAGCCCUGGGUUGUUAUUCCCGGAGCAGCCAGGAGGGGGCAGCCUCUGUGGAGAGCUCUGUGCUUCACACUGCCUCAGAUGUUCUCCUGUCUGACAAGCAGGUAAUGGAGACGAUACAGUGGCUUUCUGACUUCUUUUAUAAGCUUCGGUUAUCCAAGUUGGACUUUAAAAGCUUUGGAUUAUUCUCAAAAUGGAGCCCUUACAUGGCUGAUGUAAAGACAUUCUUGGAAUAUCUUGUGAAAAGGCUGAUUGAUUUAGAAAUAGCCUCCUUGGCCCAGGACCCAAGUGCCAGCAGCAAAAAAGUGCUGCGAUCCCUGCACUCACAGAUCAUCCAGCUUUUUAAGCCCUGGAUCCUGGUUUUAGAGGACACCAAAAGUAGCCAACAGCGACAUUACCCCUGGCUAGAGAGUGACACUGCAGAGGCCUCCAGCAUCGUGCAGCUCUUCACUGACUGCGUCGCCUCACUGCAUGGGAGUUUUAAAGACAAGCUGUUGCCAGGUGAUGAAGGAGCCUUGCGUUUGCACCUGCUGCAUUACUGUGAAGCAUGCACAGCGCCCAAGAUGCCCGAGUUCAUUCUCUACGCUUUCCAUAGUGCGUACCAGAAGCUCCAGUGGAAGGACCUGCACCCUGACCAGAGGCUCAUGGAGGCCUUCUUCAAGGUGGAGCGUGGAAGCCCCAAGAGCUGCUUCUUGUUUUUGGGGUCUGUCCUUUGCAGAGUCAACUGGGUUAGUGUGCUGUCUGAUGCCUGGAAUCCUACUCCCCUUCCCGAAACCCAGAGCAUGGUUGUCUGCCUCCUUUUCAUGAUGAUUUUACUGGCAAAGGAAGCUCAGCUAGUCGACGAGACAGAUUCACCUUUACUGAGUCUCCUUGGACAGACAAGCUCACUCUCGUGGCAUCUUGUGGAUCAUGUGUCAUAUCAGAGUGUGCUGGGUUAUUUCAGCAGUCACUACCCACCAUCCAUCAUCCUUGCAAAGGACUGCUCUGCAGAACAGAUAGUGAAGCUGUUAAAAGUGUCUGCAGGACUUUCUGUCCCUGCUGAUGGCCAGAAGCAUCUUGACAUAGUUCCAAAAUGCCGUGCUUUCACACAUCAGGUGGUUCAGUUUCUCAGUACCUUGGAACAGAAUGGAAAAAUCACCCUCCCAGUCCUAGAACAGGAAAUAUCUAAGCUCUUAGAUGACAUCAUUGUUUUUAACCCACCUGACAUGGACAGCCAGACCCGCCAUCUGGCCCUCAGCAGCCUCUUUAUGGAAGUCCUAAUGAUGAUGAACAACGCAACGGUUCCAACAGCAGAAUUCCUUGGUGUCGGUAUUCGGACUUGGAUUGGCCAAAAAGCACAUGGGUUGGUAGUGCUGCCCCUUUUAACAGCAGCCUGCCAAAGCCUUGCGUCAGUCCGCCACAUGGCAGAGGCCACAGAAGCCUGCAUCACUGCCUACUUCAAGGAAAGCUCCCUCAAUCAAAAUUUAGGAUGGGGCCCCAUUCUGGUGUCCCUUCAGGUUCCCGAGCUCACCAUUGAAGAGUUUCUGCAGGAGUGUUUAGUCCUGGGCAGUUGCUUGACUCUCUAUGUCUACCUGCUUCAGUGUUUAAACAGUGAACAGACUGUGAGGAACGAGAUGAAAGUGCUUCUCAUCCUAAGCAAGUGGCUGGAACAGGUGUACCCCAGUUCUGCACAGGAAGAGGCAAAGCUGUUUUUGUGGUGGCAUCAAAUCCUGCAGUUGUCUCUGAUUCAGCUGGAACAGAACGACUCAGUCCUGACAGAGUCAGUCAUCCGGAUCCUGCUCAUGCUGCAGAGCAGGCAGAGCCUUGUGGCCGAGGAGAGGCUCAGCUCCGGGAUUCUGGGGGCCAUUGGGUUGGGCCGGAAAUCACCUUUGUCCAACAGGUUCCGAGUGGCUGCCCGAAGCAUGGCUGCCUUCCUGUUAGUUCAGGUGCCUGCAGAAGACCAGAUUCGUCUGAAGCCCAGCUCUGAAUUACACCUGACCCCAAAAGCUCAGCAGGCGCUGACUGCUCUGGAAGCCAUGACCCUGAGUAAGCAGUAUGUGGACUACCAGGAUCAGAUACUGCAAGCUGUCCAGUUCAUAAAGCACCCUGGCCAUUGCCUUCAGGAUGGGAACAGCUUCCUGGCUCUUCUUGUUAACUGUCUCUACCCAGAAGUGCAUUAUCUGGACAACCUACGGUAGUGGUGUGGAAGCCCUUGAAGCGCUGUGUGGCCCUUGUGUUUACCUCAACUGUGCUGUUCUCGUGUUCCCUUGUUCAGUUUCACUGCAGAGCUCAGUUCUGCCAGGAACUCAGCUGAGGUGCAAGAUGGGAGGCAGUAGAUAGCUCUGGGUGUCUGGUCACCUCUCACGGUCCAGGGACUUUUUAGUGUUUAUGUUUGUCCACAAGUGACACUAAGUUCCACUGAGCACAGAACCACUCACAUUUGGGGAAUGUGCCAGUCAGCUCCCUAAGAGCUACAGAAGAGUGUGUGGCAUGUCUGCUCUCUGCCUCCCUGUUUGUUUAAAGGUCCAGACCCCUCUGGCAGAUCUGGCCACUCUGGGAGUCGUGAAGAGCUCUCUUGUACUCCAUUUGUAUUCUUCUGACAGAAAGGAAAUCAACUUGGGACAUUUCUGCAUUUCUCAAAUGUGGGGGAACACACCAGCUUAAAAUUAUUAUGUUGUUUCUCUUAGAGUGGAGAGGAUACACUGAAUUAAGUCAGGAGUGGCUGUCCACACCUGUAAUGUGAGCACCUAGGUGACCGAAGUGGGCUGCUUACAUGGGUGAAGCAGAGGCGUAUGUCAGAGUGUCUCAACAAGCUAAACAAAGAGGCUGAACUAAAAUGAGUCCUGUGGAGACCUGCCGCACGCAGCUUGACCGCAGCGCAGAGGCGGCCCCUGCUCUGGAAGUGUGCCUAUCUGAAUUGACGUGACAGCUGUGCGUGUGUGCAGCUGUGCGUGUGUACAGCUGGGCCUUACUUGGUCCUUGUAGUGUGAGCACUGGAUCCCCUUGAGGCUCCUCAUUCACAUCAGUGCACUGGCCUUGUGUGUGUGGGCAUUCCCAACUCUUGACGUGUCAGGGCUGUCUUCAGGCCCUACUGUCAAGGGAUAGUAGGGGCUCUGGUCUCACAGACACACUAGAACACAUGUUCAGGGAGAAGGGGCCAGGUCAGGGGAGUUUGAGAAGUUUGGCUUUUUCCAAGUAGCUCCGUGCCUUCUGUCGUUGCUGACAGUCCAUAUUGCCAAAGCCCAUCUGGCUCUGUUCCCUUGACAUCUCUUGCUCAUGUCACUUCCCGCAGGAUUGGCAGUUUGACUUCUGUCAAUAUAUGCAUACUUCUGAAAAUGGCCCCAAAUGGAUUUUAUAUGUCCAGCUUACAAUAUGUGUCUGUUUUUAUGGGUUAUGGCCAGAAAUACCGUGUAAAAUCUCUGGGUGUCCACCAAGAGCCUUGACUAAAGGUGGGGUUAUACAGCUGGUGGGGCGUUUCUCCCAUGUUUGGAACCUUGCACGAACUCCUUUUUGGACAGAGCGUUCUGCCUAAUGGACAUGCCUUGGAGCACUGAUAAGGGCGUCCCUGUUCAGUGGGACAAAGUGUCAUUGCACAGAGAUGUGUCUCAGCCUUCUUUAUUUUUCCUUCUCUCUGCUUUCCAGAUCAGUCAUCCUCACUCCAGGUAGAAGAAAACUUUAGAUUCUGUGAGCAGGAAAUGCUGUGUUUGCAUUGUUUCUCUAAGGAGAACCAAGUUACCAGAAUCCUAGAAUGUGACAUGUGUGAGUGAUAGUGUACAGUGUAGAGAAUCAGCUAAUUUUGGAAAUUUAUAAUAUUUGUAAAUUUUGUCUGUAAAAAGUAUAAACAAUAAAAUCAACCUUUGAUUGUAACUGAUGAAUCUGAAUUGAAGGCUGAUGUAGAUUUUUAUGCCUGAUAUUAAAUUUAUUUGGUCUUGUAA